AUGGCCGAUGAGAGAGGGACUCGCCUUGUGGCCGCAUGUUGGUCGCUCACAGCUGCAGCCGCGAUCUUGCUCUUCUUGCGCAUCUACUGCAAGAUGUGGAGAGGCAGAGGUCUGUGGUGGGACGACCACCUGCUGAUCGUCUCAUGGGGGACAUUGGCGAUCGCCGUCUCGAUCAAUACCUACAUCGUCUCGCUGGGCUUCGGUCGCCAUAUCGACACCAUCAGCGAUGAGAACUUGAGGACCAUCAACCUCAACACGAUUCUCGUCGCCACCUUCGGGAUCAUAGCAACCACGACCAGCAAAUCGUCUUUCGCCCUCACGCUGUAUAGGAUUUCCACGAGUACUUGGAUGAGGUACUUCCUCAUCUUUGUCAUCGUAACAGUCAAUAUAUCGAUGAACCUGGUUUGGAUCUUUGGCCUUGCCAAAUGCACGCCAUUUGAGAAGGUUUUGAACUCCAAGUUCCCUGGGACGUGCUGGGAUAGAUCGAAACUCCUCAAGUUCCAACUAUUUGCCGCUUACUACUCAGCCAUUCUAGACUUUGUCUUGGCUCUCCUGCCAUGGCAGAUCCUCGUGGGCAUGAAAAUGAGGCGCCGCGAGAGAUUCGGCGUCGCUGCGGCAAUGAGCUUAGGCGCUAUAGCUGGUAUCACGGGCAUUGUCAAGUCAGUCCUAGUCGUCAAGAUGAGCAGUCCCGACUUCACAUAUGAACGGGUCGACCUUACUAUUUGGACCUUGACCGAGCCCGCUGCGUCGAUAAUGGCAGUCUCCAUUCCGAUCCUGCGUAUGCUCUACCGAGAGAUCAAGUCAAGUCGCUCCGGAUACAAAUCAGGCAGCACGAAGCCCAACCACGCAGGCACGGCAGAUAUGAACCAAGGAUCUGAUGCCAGACGGUCCAAGCGAUUCGCCCCUCAUUCAAGAUAUGGCCGGAACUCCGUCCUCAUCAUGUCAAAUUCCGGUUGGGAAGAGUCUCAAGAAGCUCUGCAGGAGGCGGGGACUAGUCGAACCAGGAUACCUCCCAACCACGGCGGAGUUCUCAAGACGGAGGAGGUGAGGGUGCAACACGAACGUUUAAGUGAUGAAGAUUCUAUAGAACUGAAGAUAAUGGGGCGGGCGGGCAGGCAGGAUGAUAAAGGCUUUUCAUCUGCCUAG